AUGAAACCACCGCCAUUCUUCUCCAUUUUUCAUCCUCUACAAACCCCACCCAAAUUCCGGUCCGAUCUGUGGCCGGAAUUCCCGGCGCCACCACCACCCACCACCACCUACUUUCGCGUUUUCCGGCCAACUCCGGCCACCAUUGCAGAAUCCGAGCAUGGGCGUGCAAAAACGGGGACGGGAGAAACUUCCUCUAAAGGAGGGUCGAAGGGAAAAUCCAAGGAUCCCCUGUUUCGUUUGUUGAAUCGCGAGGAUCGUAAAACUUAUGAUUUUCUCGUUUCAAAUAAGCGUCAAGUCAAGUCAACAAAAUUCCUCCAUAGGGAAUCUUUUGUUAGUCUUGGGGUGCUUGAUGGAGUCCAAGCAUUAUUUAACAACAUCGGGUGGGGUCAAUUCUUCCAUAACCGCGCCGCCACCUAUGUUGAACCCACCUUGGAAUUUCUUACCACAUUCAAUCCCGAGGAGGAAGCCCAAACCGUUACCUUCCAAAUGCUCGGCGAGAAACGAUCUCUACCACAUCGGGUCGUGAAUGCUUUGAUGGGUACUCCAGUGGAUAACCUAUAUUACCAACAAGACCCAUGGACCGGAAACUUCAAUGAACAUUACUUUUGGCAACAAAUUACCAAUGAGCCACAAUAUUGA